AUGAAAAGCAAACAACUUCCAACUUUGAAGACUUCACGAUCACAACCAGACCUUUAUAGAAAUUCCCUACCAUCCAAUAAAACACCCUCAUCUCCUCGGCAUGACCCUUUUUUAAGCUUGACACGAAACGAAUCAGGAAAGCUGUUGCCGGUAUGUCCAUCAGGCUUAAGAAUUCCUGGCACAGCAAAAAGGCCAUCAAUUGUUCACCCCCAAGAUAUUUUUCAAAACCCCUCAAGCCAAAUUCUCCCUCCUCUUAAUCCACGCAGAGAUUCACUAACAUUUUCAACUAGAAAAUCAGAGCUUAUUGUAUCAAGGACUACAAAGAAUAUGAAAAGGUUAGGCACUCCUUGCUUUGGGUCGUCAGGGAGUGAGUCUGCUGAGUCAGUGAGUACCAUGCUUACCAUUGAAGAUAUCCCACCUUUAUCUAACGAAAACUAUUCUAUUCAUAAAGUAUGCGUAAUAUAACAAAAUAAGAUAAAUAUUAGAAUAUUGAAGGAAACUAGCAUAUAUAUAUUUAGAAAAUCCAGAAACCAUUUAUACCUUUUUCUAUUUAAUUUACUAUAAAUUUCUUAUAAAAGUUGGGUAAAUACUUUGAUAUAAAUAGGCUUACCAAUUGACUGAAAAAAUAGGUGAUGGGCCAUAUGGCUCAGUUUAUAAAGCUUUACAUAAAUCCACCAAAUCAAUAGUAGCAAUUAAAAUAAUACGCCUUAAUAAUGCCGAUAUCAAUCUAAUUCAAAAAGAUUUAGCAGUUUUAAAGAAUUUCAGGAGCUCAAACAUUGUAGAAUUUUUAGAAUCUUAUAUAAAAGGCAAUGAAUUAUGAAUUAUAAUGGAGUAUUUUAAAGCGUGCUGCAUCACAGACCUAAUCCGUAAUAAUAAAAAAUGCUUCGAUGAAAUCCAGAUUUCAGCAAUUUGCCAAGCAGCCUUAAGAGCAAUCGAUUAUUUACAUCACAAUAAAAUUUCGCAUGGAAACUUAAAAGGAAGAAAUAUUUUAAUAGAAGAAGGAGGCCUUAUUAAGCUUUCUGAUUAUGGGUUAUCAGCAAUUUUAUUUAAAAAUAAAGCAAAAGUUGAAGCAUUUAUAAGAAAUUCUUAUUAUAUGUCACCUGAGUCUUUGCCACAGCCUAACUUUUAUAGAUCAGAUGAUAUUUGAAGCUUAGGAAUCACUGCAAUUGAAAUGGCUGAAGGGUCUGCGCCCUAUAUAAACAUCCUUCCAGAGCGAGCAAUGAUUAAUAUUAAAAGAAAUCCAGCUCAAUCAUUAGCUGAUACUCACAAAUGGUCAGAAGAAUUCAAUGAUUUUAUAUCAAAAUGUUUAAUAAUUGACCCAAAUCAGCGAUCAAGGGCUAACUCCCCCUCCGUGAGUGAGCAAAACCAUUAGAAAAAUCCCUAUUUUUUGCCCAAAAACUCACCUCCAUGAGCGAACAGAAAUUUUUUAUGGAAAAAAAAUUUUGAUAUAUAAGUGAUAAUUAGUAUAAUGAAGUUUAAUUUUAAACAAAUUGCGUUUUAAAACAUAAAUUUUUACAAAUUAAAUCAAUAUUUGCGAAGUGGGAUUUUUUAAAUAUCGAAAAAAAAAAUUUUCUAUAAAAGUUAUAUAUAAAUUUUUUUAAAAAAAAAAUUAACCCCUCCUAAGCGAACAAAAUUUUUUUUGUUCACUCACGGAGGGGGGAGUAAGGAUUUAUUAAUCCAUCCUUUUAUUAGAGGUGCCAAAGGGCCUAAAGUUUUAAAGGAAUUGCUUAUAAAUACAAAUGAAAAAUUAAUUGGGAGUGAUGAAAAUAGGAAGGAAGAAGAAGAUUGCAAUGAACCUGAGAAGCAGGAAAGUGAAGAAACUGUGGUAAUGAAAUUAAUGAAGCAUACAGUAAAAAGCCCUAAAUCGCCUUGCUUUUUAAAAAGACAGCAGCCGCUUCAUGGGUCAUUUCUCAAUAAUCAAUUGAGGAGAAGAAGUAAAAAAGUAGACUCGUUAAAAGAUUGCUAA